GAAGAAAAACCGAUGGUAGGAGCAAUUGUUCUACUUUCUUUGGCUUAGAAUUCAACUAGUUGUAAACAGUAUAGGUUUGGCCAUGGCAGUGAAUAUGUUUGUUGAUUUACCUGGCUGCGGCAAGAUGCCAGUUUUGGGCUAUGGUACGUGGCAGUCGAAAGAUUCCGAACUGGAGAAUGCGCUGGAAUUGGCACUAGAAGCAGGUUACCGUCAUAUUGACACAGCAUACGUGUAUGAAAACGAGAAAGUGAUUGGCAAUGUAAUUCACCGGUGGAUUUCGGCGGACAAACUUAAACGCGAAGAUCUCUUUUUGGUGACAAAACUUCCUCCAAGUGGCAACAGGCCGGAAGGGGUGGCCAAAUUUUUGAAGCGUUCAUUAGAAAAUCUACGAGUGACUUAUAUAGAUCUUUAUUUAAUCCAUUUGCCUAUGGCUUUCAAAGAUAUUGAAGGAGAUUUACAUCCCACGACUCCCGAAGGAGAGAUGGAUAUAGAUGUAACAACUAAUCACGUUGCAAUUUGGAAGGAAAUGGAAUCGCAAGUAGAUGCAGGUUUGGUGAAAGCAAUUGGAAUAUCAAAUUUUAAUCAAAAUCAAAUACAACGAAUAAUAGACCAUGCAAGAAUAAAGCCAGUUAACCUCCAAAUAGAACUUCAUGCUUAUUUUCAGCAGAAGGGCAUGGUUAAUUUCUGCAGAGCAAAUAAUAUCUCUGUUACAUGUUAUUCGCCACUUGGAACACCAGGAUUAGGAAAAUUUAUGGCAGCAUUUGGCACACAUAUGGAGAUGCCGGAUAUUUUAAAUAAUCCAAUGGUGACAAAAAUUGCCGCAAAGUGGAACAAAUCUGGAGCACAAGUUUUAAUAAGGCACUGCAUACAAAAGGGCUUAAUAGCUAUACCUAAAAGUGUUACUGCUUCGCGAAUUAAAGAAAAUAUAAAUAUUUUUGACUUCAACCUUGACGAUCACGACAUGGAUGUUUUGAAUAACCUUGAUCAAGGAGCCAUUGCCCGACUCUUAGAUUUUUCAGCAUUUCCUGGGAUCAAGAAGCAUCCUGAAUAUCCAUUUCACUGAAGUAAGUGGAUUUUCUAAAUGUUUAUUACUUAAAAUAAGAAAAUUUAUAAUAUAAAAUAUAAUUUAAUUAAAAAUUUUUCUUUUCA